CGACGCCAGCUACAGAUACCUUUUCCAGCAAUUGUGUCAAUCCUCAUCACGACCUCCCUCUUCCCUUCGCCAUGGACACGACAGACGCUCCGCAGCUCAUCGAGCACGUCAACCAUAGCGUCAACUUCACACCGAAUGACACCAAGUGGAUUCCUGGCUCGGCGCGUUUCGUGGCCAUGGGCAUUUACCCCAAAGCCACAGGAGCCCUCACGAUCUUUGGUCUCAACCAGGGCGAACUCAAGACACACGCGGUGCUCGAGAAGACGCAUGGUAUCAAAUGCGGUACUUUCGGGGCUUCUGCACUGGAGGACCGACACUUGGCUACAGGCGACUACGGCGGCGUCAUGAGCGUCUGGGACCUGGAGAAGGCCGACGUGCCCGUAUAUUCAGCUCAAGCUCACAAGUCUAUUGUGAACGCUAUAGACGGCUGUGGAGGGCAGAAUAUUGGCAGUGGAGCUCCCGAGAUCGUCACAGGAGGACGUGACGGCUGCAUCCGCGUCUGGGACGUACGUGUAUCCGAGCCAGUAGUCACGUUGGCUCCUAAGGAGCAGGACACGGCGCGAGAUUGCUGGACAGUCUGCUUUGGUAACUCAUAUAACGACGUGGAGCGCUGCGUCGUCGGCGGCUACGACAAUGGAGACAUCAAGAUGUUCGACUUACGUACCAACACGCUCAGAUGGGAGACCAACUGCCAGAACGGCGUCGUCAACGUACAGUUCGACCGGAAGGACAUUGAGAUGAACAAACUUCUGGUCACGACACUCGAGUCGAAAUUCCGAGUCUACGAUCUGCGGACGUUCCACCCGGAACAGGGCUUUGCCUGUAUGACAGAGAAGGCGCACAAGUCCACGAUCUGGCAGGGACGCUUCUUGCCGCAGAAUCGCGACCUGUUCAUGACUGGCGGAGGCAACGGUGGCUUCAACUUGUACAAAUAUCACUACCCACUCUCGAGAACGGCGAAAGACUCUGAUGGACGACUGUACGGUGUAUGCGGCACGGUGGAGCUGCUCAACUCGCGAGUGCUGUCCACACAGCCAAUUGUAAGCAUGGACUGGAGCCCGGAUCGGGAGGGUCUGUGCACUUUGGCGUGCUUGGACCAAACCGUCCGCGUGUAUAUCGUCACAAAAACCAACAAGUACUAGGCAAAGUCACCAUGUACCACUAGCUAAUCUUCUUCUGCAUUAAUAAGCAAGACUACUCCGUUGCUACCAGUCCAGCUGGG